AUGCGAUAUGCGAUAGUAGGGAGACAGGUGGCCAUGGCGAGUACUAUUUGUGUGGCCACUGCACCUGUACCUUUAUUCAACUACCACAAACACACUCCAUACUCUUACAUACUUCAUAAUGGCUCCCGCUGCUACUACCAGGUCCAAGAACGCGGCCAAACGAGUCACCCCCGCCUCCAAGGUCACCAAAAAAGACCUCCAAGGCGGCCAACAAGGCCCCUAAGGCCAAGAAGGCCACCAAAGCCAAAACACCUCCCCCGCGAAGAGAUCGUCGUACACGAAACGUCAUCGAGUACCAUUAGCCCGGACGAGAUCGAAGAAACGCCCCCAUCUACUGUCAAAGUAGAUCUUCAGGAAUUAAUAGCCCAGCUGUCCAAGGUCCAAGAGGAGCGAAAUCAUCGCCAUCGUCACGAGGGCCGGGUUUAUAAGUCACGCCGCCACCACCACCGCCACCAGCACCGCCAAAGCCAUCGUCAUCGUCACUCAAACACAUCGGAUUCGAACUCGUCCGACUCUGAGUCGGACUGGGAGGAAAGAAGAGGGGUCCCUUUUCGUCACGCAGAAGAUAAGAAGCCCUUUCUUAGUAUAGCUGAAACGUUCCGAAGUGUGGACGUCAAGUACUUCAAGCAAAUCUUCUUCGGGACCUUCAAGACCAAAAACUUCGCCAAACUGGCCCACAUGCACACUACCCCGGCCAAGGAGGAUAAGGACGUCAAUGGCCAUAACCACAUGGAAGAGGAAGAUCCAACUCAGCCCCCAAAGCAUGGACGCGACCGCGGUGUCAACCAAUACGGCGAAUCGCUAUCACCACCACCACCACCACCCCGCCAUAAUCAGAACAAGAUCAAAGCCUCGGAGGAGACCAGUCAAUCAUGGUCGAACAGCCGUGUCAACCUUCCUUGA